AUGAUUAAUACAUCGACCAAUAAUACAGCAACAAACGCACAGCAUACGUCAUCAACAAAUUCAAAAUGUGGAAAUACAGAAAGCACAUCAGGUGAUGAACAUGUUGCUCGAUGUGUGGCAUUAGAAAAAGCUUACGUACACGAAGUGUAUGAACAAUUUAAUGAAACACCAUGCGCUCGCCCAUGGCCAAAGAUACAACAAUUCUUACAAGAUUUAGAGCCAGGAUCAUUGGUUUGCGAUGUUGGAUGCGGUAGCGGAAAAUAUCUAAAUGUAAAUCAAUCAAUAUUCAAAAUUGGUGCUGAUCGGUGUAGUCGAUUAACAGAAGUUGCAAGAGAAAAAGAGAAUGAGGUUUUAUUAUGUGAUAAUUUAUCACUUCCAUUUCGGGAUGAAAGUUUUGAUGCGGUAUUAUCAGUAGCUGUAAUACAUCAUUUUGCAACGACUGAACGUCGUGUUGGAGCCUUAAAGGAAUUGGCAAGAUUAUUACGUAUUGGUGGUAAAUUAAUAAUAUCAGUAUGGGCAAUGGAACAAAGGCAUCGAAAAUUUGAAUCACAGGAUGUUUUAGUUCCGUGGCAUCGACCGCAACAUUUAAGUACACCGUCAUUGGAGCUCACAUCGACAACAAAUACGUCUGAAGAAGACAUGUUACCACCGUAUCAUGCUUAUACGCAAACAUCGGAUAGUGAUUCUAAUAGAUCAUUAAGGCAUGCAGUAAAUGGUUUUCGUAAACGUGGACGAACCAAACAUAAAGGACGUUCAAUAGAUCCAAAUUGUAGUUCCUCGCCAAGUAGUUCCAGUUUAUCAAGUCCAAAUGAAACAUGUUACAGUUUUGUUCGUAGAGCUUUACAAAAAUUGGCCGGUGGUAGACGUAGUGCAAAUCGACAUCGGCCUUGGUUUUUAGAAUCAUGGAAUUACUGUUCGAAAGAGCCAACACAUCCACCAUACGACCUAGCAUGUGAUGACAAUGAAGACAUUCAUGACUUACCAAUAGAAUUACGCCGAAUUGAAGAAGGUGAAUUAUUAAAUUGUAGUAAACAAAAUAGUUUAGAUUUAUAUAAAAGUGGGCAAAAAUCGAAAAGUUUAGGUGAUAUACAAACGGUUAAACAAGAUAAUAUUAUUCGAUCCGCAUCGAAUACAUCAAAUUUAAAAAUAUCAAACUUAGAAGAAUUAAAUAAUAAGAAUGAAACCGAAAAUAAUUCCGUAGAUAAAUCGAAUGUCCCAAAUGUAGUACCGACAAAUAAAUCCGUAGUACCCCCGUCAAGACCAAAACUAGUUAAACAAAAACAAUCAUUAAAUGAGGAAGACGGAGAAGAUUUAGAUAAACCAUUAAAUCAACGUGAUGUAGUCGAAGCUUUACCCGAUUUUCGAUUAAUUCAUAGUCAUUAUGGCCGGCAACGUGGUAGCGUUUUUAAACAAAGUUCCAUGAACGAAGAACUAUUAAGUACGGAACGUUUACGUGAAAAAGAACGUGUUAAAAAGAAUAUUCAAAAACAAGCAUCCUUAAACGAUGAUUUAAUAUAUCGACGAUAUCGAACAUUAGACUCGUUACGCGAUUCAUUUCUUUCGGUGUCUACAUCCAAACGGUUUCAGCUAAUUAAAAAUGGUUUUACAAAUAAAUUAAAAACUUCCACAACAAGUAUUGAAAAAGUGACAGGCACUUCGCUUAAAAAUGGGUUUGUACGUAUUUUACAAGGGUGGAAAGCUGAAACGGUGGAUGAAAGCGUAGAAGAUACGUUGCAAACUCAAAAAGCACAACAUAUAACAACAGUAACCGAAGAAACACAGGCUGAAUUACCAAAUGAACGUCGACAUUCACGUGAAGAUGGUUCUGACUCAUCGAAGGAUAGUAGUUUACAAAGUGAUACGAGUGUAGAUAGUGAAGAUAGCUUUGCAUCUGUGAUAUUUGUACCAAAACAAGAUUCACAAGAAAUAACAUCACCAACCCCAUUAUCACCAGCGAAUCAACCAACAUCACCUCGUUUUAAAUCAUCUUCUGGUCCAACAUCACCCCGAAUCAAACAAUCAUCAUGUCCUACAUCGCCAAGACUUAAACAAAUGCCGCUCUCAGUUUAUCCAUUAUUAAAACAACCGACAUCACCGAAAACCGCACAACUAAAACAAGUACCUUCUGGAGGUAAAGUUCUAAUAUAUUCUCAAAGCACACCUUGUACUAAACCACCACAAGUGAGUAAUAACUCCUCCACGAAUGGUAAUAAAACGAACAAUACCGUUGUUGAAGAACCCAAAAAUCCAGUAUCACCUCCUAGUACAACACAAUCGGCACAAAUAUCACCUACUUCCAAUAUUGUAAAUACUGAACCAAUAGUUGAAUCAUCACCAAAAGUAGUUGAAUCAUCACCACCAAAAGACCCAAAUCCAUUAUUAAGUUCAAUAAAUUCCACAGAGUGUAGUACAAAUGAAAAAACAAUACCAGUGAUACCAAUAACAAAACUAUCUGAUCUUUCAGACCAAAAAACAACUAGUGCUUUAGAAAAGUAUAGAUCAUUAGCUGAAAAAUAUAAAUUACAACAGAUACCUGCAUUUCGUUCAUUUUCAAAACCAUUUGCAAUCGAUAAAACACGAACAGAUCGUUUACAGCAAAUACGCGAUUUAUUAAAUCAACGGCCUAAUUUUGGUAAACGUGCACAAACAACACACUCACAACGUACUUCCUCUACGCCAACAUUUCCAAUGGUAAGACGAAGUUCGGUUCAAAUAUCUGGAAAAACUGAACCGGUUGCAAAAUCUUUACCGCGUUUAUUAUCAUUGGAAUUGUUUAAUCCGGAAACGGAUGAUAUGGAUAGUGAUUCAAGUGGUAUGUCAUCGCCUGACUCAGUGGAUAGUGUCAUCAGUGUCGAAGUAUCAGAAUCACAAUCAAAAAGUUCAGAAAAUAAUCGUACUAAAGACGAAGAGAAGAAAUCCAAAGAACCAUCACCAGAAAAACGUUUUGAAAAGUCUACAGUCUCAACAAUAAUCGAAGAAGUUGCCUCAAAUUCAGAGAGUGAACAAGAAAGCACAAAAUCAGAUAACGCUGCAGAAACUUUACCAAAAUCAAUGAGUUUAUUUGAAGCUGCUGCAAAUGUUGCCAGUUCGCUGGAUGAUGCUGUUGGUGCUGUUAUACAAUCAAGUCCACGUUCCAAACAUAAAGAGUAUGAAAAAAUUGAGCAAUCAAAAAUAUUAGAAGUUGUCACAUUAGAUAAGGAUUUCGAUAACGAUUUCUUUGGUGAAAACUUUAAUAACACGAUGCUAAAACGCAAUAAUAAACCUGAUGAAGUAGAUGUUGAUGCAGAAAACAAGACUGAAAGUACACAAUUUCCUUUUGAUAAUAUACAAAUUGUAGAUGACAUAGCAAAAGACAGUUCCACGUACAAUAAUUGGAGUAAUAAUUGUUUACAACAUUUAGCUGAAUUUGCUGAGAAAAUAAGUGAAGGUGUUUUACGACAAAUUGACGAGUACCAAGAAGAGAAUAAAAAAUAUCAACAGAAAAAUCUUGAACAAACAUCAUCAACAGCAGAUAUUGAAACAAAAUUGGAUGCUUUCAACGAUCCAUAUAUUCAUAAAUUAAAUGAAGAGAUAAAAGACUUAACGAAACUUUCUGCUGAGCUAACAAAAGAACGUAACAUGUAUUUAACAAAAUUAAAUAAUGAUAAUUACCAAAUUAGUGAUAAUUUCAAUAACUUAUGUGAUAGUAGUGACAGUGAUUUAACCAAACAUUUAGAAAACAAAGAUGAAACAAAAGUAGAUGUAAAUAGUAGUAUUAUCAUACCUGAACAGGGUUCACAAGAACAGCAACAAAUAAUCAAUAAAAAUAAUAAUAAUUCAAGUGAUAGUUUAUCAUUAGGUAAUACAAAAAUAGCUCAAUUAUUAACUGGUUUAUCACAGGAAUCAAGUGAUACAGGUGAUAUAUCUGAACGUACUGGCAGUUCAGAAUGGAGUUAUAGUCGAGCAGAAACAAAUUCCGUUGGUAUUACAACAACAACAUGUUCAGUGGGUGGUAGUACUGCAAGUUUAAAUUCAUGUAAAGAUUGGACAAAAUCACAUCGUCGUUUAACCGAUCGUCGAUCAACAUCCGAAGAUAUACCGGAAGUAAAACGUGCACCAUUAGUACGUCAACAUGCUUCGUUUCAAGAGCCCUUAAAUUUAGAAACAAAUAAUACACAACCGGAAUCUUUAAAUAUCUCUUUAAGUGACACAUCUCAGGAAUCAUUACCGUCAGAUUCCGCUGGUGGUGCAAUUACUUAUCAUAGAUAUUAUCAUGUGUUUCGUGAAGGUGAAUUAGAUCAAUUGAUUGAACGUUAUGUAGAAAAUUUACAUAUUAUAUCAUCGUAUUAUGAUCAUGCUAGUUGGUGUGUUGUUGCUGAAAAAGUACAAGUUUGGACCAUCUGACCACUUGGACAUCAAAAAUACGUUAUUGUUAUUGUAGAUAUAUUUAUUCCGUUUGU